GAAACAGAAGAACAGCAAAAUCUCGAUUUAUUUGCUCAUUAGCUCAUCAAUCUUUUGGAUCUCCCUUUGUUUCUUGUGGAAUGAGAUUUUUGUAGGUUUAUGAUCUCUUCAAUUCAGUUUUGCUUCCUCUAUGGAACUAGAGAAACAGUGAGUGUAGACUGUGGAUUGCGAAGCUCCGUUUUGGUUUACGGUAAUGGCGUCGUCUAUGGAUGAACAGCUCGUUCCCGAGGCUACAGUUGGAGUCGGAACCGUCGGAGGAAAGCAUCGCAUUCUCGCGGAGCUCAAGCGUCUUGAACAAGAACUCAAAUACUUGCAGGCUCGUUUUAUAGGAAAUGAUACAAUAAUAGUAAAAAGAGUAAGGCGGGACAGAAGAGAAACUAGGCUUGUUUGCUAUCCCUUAGAUGCUCACAAACUGAAGCUAUGGAUAUUCUGUUUAGAAGUUUCGAAAUGUUGAACAAGGUCGUGCGAUAAAUUGUUCACUAGUAAGCUAUAUUGUGAUUUCCCUUCGGAUUAUAAACUGUGUUCCAACUACAAAGUAUCGCACGACCUUGAUUCUUGACUGGAACAUUUGAAUCUAAGUUAGCACUUCAAUGUGAUAUGUGAUGAAUUUGGAGUAGUCUUGCUUGAGAUCAAACUGUUGAAAAUUGUAUUGGACGAUGUUUCACGAGAGAAUAUGUAAGCAGAGUUCAGCUCUCCAAUUAGUGCUUCAACUGAACUAGGAUCUUUUGUUGUCUACUAUAAGAAAACUUCAUGGGAGAAAUCAAAGGAGACAGUGGAAUCAUCAAUAUCAUCGGGACCAUGGGAAUGAAAUAAGUAUAGCUAUCCAUGUCACAUUGUUGUGAGCAUCUAACUUUCUUGUUAUAGUGAUGGUUGAGUUUGUUUUCGAGUUAAGUUACAAAACAUGGGAGUUUCUUAUACGAAGUUACUCUUGUUUCUCGUCA